UCAAAUUAAGACCUCUUCAUGUUCUUCUUCAUAUACGGUAUUAUGAACUCGUUUAUUUUUCAUUGUGUGUGUUCUAGUAGUCUUUUCAGGCCGGGAACUCACUGGUGUCCUGCAAAAAAAUCAUAAUAACAAACACAUUCUAUGAUUUAAUUUCACAGCGGAAUCUUUGAGGGGAUUUGAAAGCAAAUUUCUUCAUAGGCUUCAUUCUGUUUUUCAUGUGCAAUACAACCUUUAGAUUUAUACCGCAGUAAAGCAGAAUUUGUUGUUGUUUAUGUAACGACUGUCACACGAGAUCAUUCCAAUUUUCUAGUAGAACUUUCAAAAUAGUUAGAACCUUCUUGGAUCGCGGUUCUGUAACUAAAACAAGACGCUGUGUGAGCGUAUAUUUGGGCAUGGUCGUACUAUGGUAUGAUACUUUGAACAUGCCUUAUUGCAGCUAAAGAACUGUCAUCAUAUCUAACCAGAGAAGACAAAUCCUUUACUCCACUUGUUUGCUGAACCACACAGCUUAUACAGUAUGUCCCAAACCAGAACAAAAAUAGUGUCAUCUCACGACAGUGUUUGAAAAUAUGCACAUCUUCAAUGCAGACAUGCUUGGAGCCAAAUUGCGACAUAGGACAUAAGUGGUUACGGCCCAGAGAGUAAGGUUUAUCUCAGCUCCACUGAUACUGACAGAUGUGUUUUCACAACCAUAACUUUGUACAGUGUAUUCCGGUUACUAACAAGGGCAAAUAAAGUUCCUUAACUAGUCCAGUAUCCACAAGGAUUAAUAAGAGAGUAAAACAUUGCAUAAACUGCUAUAGGGCAGCACUGUUUACAGGAACAUUGGUAACUAUUGACAUUUACACUACAAUUUUCAACAUUGCUUGAGAAAAGAUGAGGUUCAAAGGUGGCAAUAUGUACACCUUUAAGUUCAUAUAUAUCCUCAUUCCUAUGCAGAGUCUGAAAAUAUUGUACUAAUUUAUGCAUGGAUGGUAUUUCCAACAUGUCCCUUCACUAUGACUGUUAUUAUUCAUAUCUCUAGCAUGAAAAUCAAAUACAUUAUACCCCAGCCUCAGUGCUGUAGAUACCAACACCAAUAAUUGCCACCGUUAAAAUGAACGAGUUGUAGUUCAGUGCCAAGAGUGUUUGAAAUGCUGUAACGUGUGAGUGGCAUAUACAGUAGUGAUGGAUGUUACAAGUAUAACUGUCACUGUAUUCAAGGUGGAAAAAUUGCUCAAACACUGUAACCAUUCCUGGCAAUUCUGUUAACAUUGAGAUAGAUUGUCUUGCAAGCAGUGACAGACAAGAAUAUAAUUGAAUACCAACAAUCAUUAUUUGAGUCAUAUCAUCAACUGAAGUCAUCUUUGUUAUCUUACUGUAAAUUAAAGCGCACAGACUCAUUGCGACACAUCGUUGUCCACCAUUUUCCCCAAAUCCUGUAACAUUUCCUUGACAGUAUGGAGCAUUAAUUGUUUUUGUAGCACCUAAAUAAACUGAAGGUCCUGGAUUCUUCUCUAUAUCAGUACAAAGCUUAAAUUGGCCAAAAUUAACCCGGUGAUUCAAACUGUUUUAAUAAGCACUAUAAAAUGGAUAAUACAUGUACAGAGGGGCGAAUUCUUACUUAGAAGCCUAUUUGGAUAUCUCAUUCCACCUAAAUCGCCUGUGCUCUGCUGCUUGGACGACAGAUACACCUUCCCUCGUUUACGAACUAGUUUUGUAGUUGUCCCUUAAGUAAAAACUUCACACUGUUACUGUUACUUCUGUACCUGUUCAAGUGUAAACCUUUUCUACUUUUAACGUAACAAUGAAUUUCAGAGGACAAUGGUGUAUUUUUCGAAUACUCUUCCAUAUAAAAAGUGUCACUUUCAGUGUUUUCUGUAACAAAGAUUUUAAUUUGUUCAUUGGUAGUCUGCUAGGGGCAUGACGGUAACCGGUCAUUUUGUUCCAUGGUCAGAUCGUUAAUAUCGUUCGAAGUCAGAUCGUUCCAAUCAAUAGUCAGAUCGUUCCAUAAAAUAGUCAGUUCGUUCCACAAAAAAGUCAGUUCGUUCCACAUAUGAAAAGUCAAGUAAAUCUUUCUAAAUUUGUUCAGUGAACUUUAUCGAGAAGAAAAAGGUUUCGUUCAUACCACAAGCUGAUAAAAUAAUAAUCGAUCCAAUGUCGGUUCGAUCCAUCCUAAAUCGUUUGAAAACAAACAAGAGACGAUUUCAACCAGCAACGGGCUUUAACAUUUAAACCGCUGCUUUGAGAGUUUUGAGCUAGAAUCGAUCGAUAGUUUUGAAAGAUAUAGCACAACAAGUAAAAGCUAUGCCGCUCUGAAAGUACAGUAUUUGGAAGCGCUUGUAACCUAAAUAUUUCUUUGCAGCGGCCGAUUUAUGCAAAUUUUGAAAACAACGCGAGUUUCGAAUUACAAUCUCGAUUUUAUGGUAAUAUGUCAUGACGAAAAUCAGCGAAAAUAUAAUGGACUAACCUGGUUUAAACCAAUGAAAUUGUAAGUUCUGUUAUAAAUAAAUUUCCCACGACGAGAUCUCAAUUCAACUUCUUUUAUUUCCUCCACAACACAAUUUUCCUUCUGUACAACUAGCUCAUUACCUUCUCUUGACAUCACCUCGCUGCCAUCAAAACACUAACACAAAACUUGCUGAUAAUGCAAAAUCCCGACGCACAGCAUCGUAUGAAAAAAACACAACACGCAAUACAAAAACAAGUACAUCAACCGUCACCCUGCAAAACAAAAUUGAAAUAAUAAAAAGAAUUGUUGCAGUCAUCACAGUAGUUCCAAAAGAAGCCUCAGUCCCUUUUGGUUUCAAUUGUUGACAAUCGUCUCUUCCUUCAUCGGAACAGAUUUUUAUCACGGGCAACUCGAAAUCAAAAUCACUAUUGUCACAGUAAUAACCAGCUACACAAACCUUGCGACUCUCAAACUUGUUAAACAUUCCUCUGUUAAAACUCUUAUCCAUUUUACACGUACACUCCUGACAUUCCGAUUUGUUAUUACGUCUAUGGGGUGCAUGAGUCUUUCAUGUCAUUGAAUGUCUUGAUAAUUUCCUUUGUUUUUCUUUGAGUUCGCGGACCAGCCCAUUCCGAAAACACUCAGUGUUAUUUUUUUAGUGUGGGCCUACCGCGAACAGUGUGUGCAUUUGAAAGUUUAACCCGGGAUAACAUGAUUAUUAACACGUUCCCCGAAACGCCGCGGCCAAAUGUUAUCCAAACUGCUUCUCACUUCUCCUUCGAAAACUUUCGGAUCAAACGAUAUCCAGAUCGUCCCUCAUUGGAUCAUCCACUCGACCUAACAAAAUCGACCAAUCACAAAAAUGGACGUAAAAUAAAAGAAAACAGCAAAUUCAGAUGACCUCUUAGGAAACAUGCAAUUAAAACUGUCUUUCUAUGAUUGGUGCAUUUCGAUCCUCUCGUCAAAAAAUGUCAGACGUCAAUCAUCUUAGCGGACCUCUUAGGAAACGAAAGUUUUCUUCAACGGGUUCAAAAGGUCAUUGUUUAUGAAUUGUGAUUGGUGGAUUUCGAUCCGUUUUUUGUGUUUCCGUGUUUCAAGUUUCGUUGCUUGCGAUCUUAUUGUGACCAAAACCCGACGUUAAUAUUCCAAAUAUUUUUGAUAGAUUUCAUCCCUGGACUUCAGACUUCCAAAUUUCGAUGAGGCAAAAAUAUUGAAGAUUCAGAUUAACUUUAGAGAUCGUAAAAGUGCGAUUAAGUGCCGUGUGCAAGCAGAGCUUUCUUUCCCACAUACUUCUUACCUUGUACAAGACGUUCGCAUGGCAGACAUUCGCCUCGCUUCGCUUGUUUACUUGCCUUGUUUACGUUAGCACGUAUUGCGUGCCUAUUGCACAUUUGCGUCAAAACAAGCCGUUUCCAUUACUCUAUUUGGGCCACGCCCAAAUAAAAAUUAUUUUCCAUCUUAGUGUGUAUCAAAAAAAGAAAAAUCGCUAAAUUGGGCAACUGAAAUAUUUUAUUUUACUAACAAGCUAAUAUCGCCAUUAUGAAGUCGUCACUUCAGAAGUAAAAAAACCUUAAAGGUCCAUAAAAGUUCACUCUAAAAAUUUGCAUGAACAAACAAAAUUUAUAAAACCAUGACAUAUUUUUUUUUAGCCGUUUAUUAUCAUUUGGUUUUGACUGGCAAGAUAAAACGCGACCUUCAACGGGUAAUGUUCGAUAGGCCAUUUUGACACGACAUAAACAUAAAAGGCGAAAAAACACCUUAACCUAUAAAACUAACUAUAAAAUAUCACCUAAAUAUUUUCUGUAUAUCGCAUAGAAAUACGCCAAAUAUCAAAUCUAAUUAUAGAUUGCAGCGAUCUAAAGAUAUAAAGCAAUAAAUCCGAACCUACCUUCAGCUAGACGGCGCCAUUUUUCUUGCCCUGACAGCGGAUCGAGAGCGGAAAGCGGACUAGUUCCAGUCCUACUCCGCAUCACAGCUAAACCAGCUUCUUACGCCCUGGUUGAGAGACUUUGUUUUAGUCCGGUGGCUUAGUGCAAAAUUUUGGCGAGAUCUAUACAGAGCGGACAAAAGCACCAAACUUUGCAUGGUUGUAGCUUAGGGCAUGUCAGUCAAUAUUAGGAUCGGUGCCCACAACUACCUCUUCAGGAUUUGCAGCAACUGCUUGCUGAAGUUCUUCAACUACUUUCCAUGAUGGGUGGCCUGUGCUGAAAAUUGCAAUCCCUUGUUUUUUGCCAUUCUUUGAUGAAAAUCACAUAAAAAGGCAAGUAGAUGGAAAAAGAAACUGUACUAAUACUAUUAUUAUUGAAACCAAUGACUAAGACAUGUCAAAUUAAUGAUAUAGCAAUAAUAAUAUACCAUGGUGGGUGCCCUGUGCUAAAAAUAUCAAUUCCUUGUUUUUUGCCAUUAUUUUGAUGAAAAUCACAUGAAAGAAAUGAAAAUGAAAAAAUGAAUUGUAUUAUUAUUGAAACCCAUGACAAAAACAAGUUAACUAAAUGGAAAAUCCAGGGAAGAUGUUUUCAGAUGCGUCCUCAGUCCCAAAUGGCCUUUCAAGAUGGCAGCUUGAAGGUGUCUUUUCAUGGACUGUAAGUAUCUGCUAGAAUAAAUUGCCGUUUUUAGGGGAAAUUGUGUACAAUUUGAAUCACGACAGGUUUAGGUGAAGAUUUAAACUCUUCUUGGUGAUAAAUGUGUUGUCGAAAGCCACAUUCUCUCUUCACAUUUUGUGCCAAUUAUGAAUGACUAUACUGAGUUUAUUUUCGUAUCGGUUAAAAUUAAUAAUAGUAAAAACAGUUUCUUUCUAUAGCGCUCAUAUCCUGAACUCAUGGUGCUUUACAAUGUUAAAGAGUAAAAAAAAUAAUCUCUCGAGCAUGAAAUAACAUAUAGUAAAAUCUAUUUGCAAUUCACAAAGAACAAGAGAAGGUAACAAAAAUUCAUAUGUUUUAAAAUUAUUUUGCCAUUAAAGUUUAUAUAUAUUAAAAUAAAUGAUAAUAAGUCCUGUAAAAAACUAAAUAUACAUUCUAUAAGUAUAAGUAUAUGAUCUGCAGAUAUUAAAGACGUUUUACAAAAAUAUUGACUUACUCACUUUAAAAAUUGCGUAAAAAGAUAUGUUCUCAGUUCUUUCUUUAAACUAGCUGAAGACUUUGCCUUGCGCAAAUCCAGCUAAUGGUAGCGAGUUCCACAGUUCAGGGGCGCACACUGAAAAAGUCUUGUCCCCGUGAGUUUUCGAGGUUGUUCUAAUAGCUGCUGAGAUGCGGACCACAAGUUCCUGGAGUGCGUUUGAUAACUAAGUCUGUCCGCUAGAUAGCUAGGUGGAAGGUUAUUAAAUGAUUUGAAAACUGACAAAAAAAAGUUAAAGACAACAUGGUAACUAACACGAAGCCAGUGAAGGUUAGAUAAAUAAUGUGUUCACAAAGUUUACAAGUCCGAGUAACGAUCCUGGGGGCAGUGAAUUGCAAUUAAUAGUCUAGUUUAGAUGUAAUAAAAGCACGCACAGCAAUUUCGCUAGACGCUUGUGUGAGACUCCUUGUUAUCUUUGAUAAGUUCCGGAGCUGGUAAAACGAUAUUCUGCGAAUGUUGAGACGUGUGCGUCAAACAGCACGUUGUCAUCAAAUACUAUUCUCAGGCUUUGUUGGCGGUGGUUCUUGGCCUUGUAUUACCCAUAAUGAAGUCGCUAAAGGAUGGACGAGUACGUGUCAUCGACAAGAUAAGCACGAUUUCAGUCUUAUCGUGCUUGAAUUUCAGCUCGUUUAUACACACCAAGAUGGAAAUUAGUUGGGAUCGUUGUCAUAUUUAGCAAGGGUGUGAAUCGAAGAGAGAGCAUCUGAGAAACUGGUUUAACGGUACAAUUAUUUAUAGGACGCUCCUUGACAAUUUACUAGAAUCCAAGAAAGAGGACUGUGUUCUUGUUGCAACUAAGUUUGAAAUUGAAAUCACUACAGUCGUAAACAAAUACAAAGUGGCAUCAAUCCUGUCACCUUUCGUCCAAGUUAGUUAAAGCAAACUAGAAAAGAGAAACAGGCUUGUUGAAGCAGACCAGAAACAGCAAGUUGUAGAUUGUGGCACUAAACGAGCUUGGAAGAUUGACACUAGUGGGACUGCAAGGUGUGUGCCUUUGUAUGUAACGAAUACAGCUUAAUAUGAAGUUUGGCAAGUAUAAAGAAAUGUGUAUCAUGCUCCACUGCAUUUGCUAUGUACUCAGUGAGUUCAACAAAUGCUCUUGAUUUAUUUAAUUCCUCGUCUUCCUCGGCCUUCCAGGCUGCUUCAAUUUUCUUCUUGCGUUCCUCCGACAUGUAUGCCUAUUUCGCAAGUCAGUUGAACAGCGCAUAUUAUAUUUUGAAUCUAUGGCAACCACCACCAUAUAUAUUCUUGAAGGACCGUAGUCCGGUAAAUCGUCGUCAAUACGUCUUAGGUUUCUGUCGGCUUUCAAUGUACAGAAACUGUAUAGGUGGCUCCCAUCAUCUUCGUUUCAUAUCACACAAUUUGUGGUCCCACUAGUGUCAACCUUCCGAGCUAGUUUGGUUAACUACAAUCUGAAACUUCCUGUCUUUCUGUUUCUGGUCUGCUUCAACAUGCUUGCUUCUCCUUUCUCUUGCUUUUUCUAACUUGGACUUGCUAAACUUGAGGUGAUAGGAUUGCUGCUUCUUUGCAUUUUUACUACUGUAGUGAUUUCAUAAUCAAACUUAAUUGCAACCCGAAAACAGUUCUCUUUCCUGAAUUCUAGUACAUUUUCAAGGGGCGUUCUUUAAAUGCUUGUACGUUAAACCAAUGGGCUUCUCAGAUCUUCUUUUGUUGAUUCUUGGCAAAUAUGACAAUAUAAAUAACCAGUAAGAAAAUAAACUCAGUAUAGUAAUUCAUCAGCCUAGUCCCUAGGCGUUCUCGGCUCGGUCAAUCCUGGACUCUACCGUGAGCUGUGACGUCACCGAGAGAUACACGCCGAGAACGCCGUUCUCUCGCCCGCCCUUUCCCAGACUUCGUGCGGACAACGGGACAACAGAGAACGCCUAGGGACUAGGCCGGUCAUUCAUAAUCGUCACAAAAUAUGAAGCGAAAAUAUGGCUUUCGAUAACACAUUUAUCACCAAGAAGAGCUUAAAGCUUCACUUAAACCUGUCGUGAAUUAAAUUGUACACAAUUUUCCCUAAAAAACGGCAAUUUAUUCUCGCAGAAACUUACAUUUAAUGAAAAGACACCUUCAAGCCGCUAUUUUUUAAGGCCAUUUGGGACUGGGCACGCAUCUGAAAACAUCUUCCCUGGAGUUUCCAUUUAGUUAACUUGUUUUUGUCAUUGGUUUCAAUAAUAGUACAAUUUCUUUUCUCAUUUUCAUUUCUUUCAUGUGAUUUUCAUCAAAACAAUGGCAAAAAACAAGGAAUUGAUAUUUUUAGCACAGGAAACCCACCAUGGUCUAUCAUUAUUGCUAUAUCAUCAAUUUGACUUGUUUUAGUCAUUGUUUUCAAUAAUAAUAGUAUUAGUACAGUUUCUUUUUCCGUCUACUUGCCUUUUUAUGUGAUUUUCAUCAAAAAAUGGCGAAAAACAAGGGAUUGCAAUUUUCAGCACAGGGCACCCAUCAUGGAAGGUUGCUGAAGAACUUCAGCAAGCAGUUGCUGCAAAACCAGAAGAGGUAGCUGUGGGCACCGAUCCUAAUAUUGACUAACAAGCCCUAAGCUACAACCAUGCAAAGUUUGGUGCUUUUGUCCGCUCUGUAUAGAUCUGAGCCUUUAGCCACCUGACUAUUUUCGGUGGUGCUGUGUUCGAGUUGUGAUUGAGUUGUUGUGGUUGAGAGACUUUGUUUUCGGUGGUGCUGUGUUCGAGUUGUGAUUGAGUUGUUCGUUCUUGUUUAUGAACAUCAGAAUUAAUUCAUAGUCCAGGUUUUCUUUAUUUCCUUUCUUAGAGAAUAUUCGAGAUGAUCAGUGGAGCAUUGAAGAGGCCACCGGAAAGUUUCGCCAGCAUCCCUGGAAACGUUCGUUUAAUUUAGAAGGAGUAAAUCUCAAUGAAAUAACUUUAAAAAGGUAUUACAGAGAAAGGUUCCCUGAGGAGAUAGGAUAUGCAACAAGAUAUGAUUUAACAUUUCUCUCACCGUGUUGGCAUCAACUACGAUGUAAGGUAUGGCGCCACUGAGUAAUCACUUUUGACCGCUGCCUAAAACCAAAACUAAGGAUAUAUUCUUCGUUUUCACUGUCACGCAAUAAACACGGCAGAAAAAAAUAAAUUGGAAACCGUCCGGUGAAAGAAGCUAAGUAAAUGAAAUGUUAUACAAGACUACUAAUAUAAACAACUUGUCCAAAUCUAAGGUCUUUGUGGCCAACAGUUUCUGAGUUAUUUGCCGUUUUUGUGGGGCUGAGAAUUGCGUCCACAUUUAGCGCAAUUCUCAGCCCCACAACGAAUAGUACUUCUCAGUCAUUCUGUUACAAUGGAAAAAGCUGCUUUUAACUACAGCCUAUGUUCAGAAUUUGUCACUUCUUGUAAGCAGUAGGUCUCUGACGCGCGCGAAAUAAAAAGCUUGCAGCAUCUCGAGGCAUCGUGAGAAUGAUUUUUUUUAUCUAGGCAACUCUUCCAACUUGAAAGAUGUCGAGAAAGUAGCUAAGGAAAACAGCGGCUUGAUAAGUUAACUGUGGCCCAUCGUUCUUGAUGCAGGUAUGGGUUGCCAACGAGAACACGAAACAAACGUUGGAAGACAUACCAAUUCCAUUUAGUGAUGUGAAGAACAUCUUAGGUGAGAUUCACUUCAAAGAUGAAAAUACACGGUCCAGGUGCCGAGGAUGGCUGGUUCUUAAGUCUCGGAAAUAUCUUCAAGCCGACAUUUUGUUUCCUGGUUGCGAAUUUGACUGCAGAUUACAUAUUUGUGGACGGACAGGUGAGGUGUCACUAAGUAUUUAGAAUUUGAACCAUCUGGGAACUUAUCAAGAUGAAACUGUUACGAAUAUCUUUAAACGUUUUGAUCAGCUGCUGAGCACUUUUUAAAUUUUUUCCUUGGAGUUACAUCUGUCUUAUUAAAGAGAAACACCUUCGGACGAUGACAAUAAGCAUAUUAUUCAUUUAUUCGUUUAGCGACUUGUUCGACAGUUAUCAGUUGUUGCUACCCUUCAUAUCAGAACAGUGUGUGCUCAUUUAGGAUGUUUGGUAUCUCACAGAUAGCCCACAGGCCAUUGACUAUGCGCCAGACGAAAGGGUGCGAGAUGCUCUUUUAGCAUACCUAUCCGGGCUGACGUUGAUAGAUGAGGAUUUUAUGGGACUUCAUAUACCGAAGGCAGAUAUACCCGAGGGAUUUCAUCUCAUACAUAAGCGAUGUUCUAAACGAACAGAGUACACUUCAAGUGUAGGAUUUACCAUCAUCCUCUCUAAGGAGCAGGCGUGGAACUUUGGAACAGAUGAGAUCAGACAAACGGUAUUUAAAUAACAUAUUCUUAAGACGUCACAUUCACGUUAAUUUCUCGAUGCGAAAAGGUGUAUUCGAUUAUAUGAACAGCAAUGGUCCGAUCUGUUUUAUGACUACGAAUUCCACGCUAAAUGCAUAGCAAUAGUUUUACCGGUAUCAAAAUUAAACCAGUAUAGCAUUUUUAUUGCUUAUGAAACGUUCUGAAAUAUGGAAUGGGGCUAACGAACUUCCAUGCCUCGAGCUCGGAUAUUUUACAUAACCGUGUCCUAGUUUACGGAGUAAGCAUAAUAGGACAUAUUUGUUUAUACUUUUUUUCUGGCUAUCGUUUCCUGAAACAUAAUCAUUUCUCUUUGUCGGGGAGUUGCACGCAUUAACCGGUUGACAAACGCAUAUUCAUCGUAUAAAUAGACCUUUUUACCGAUACAGCAGCCAUAUUGAAUUAAUUCGAUUAAGGAGCAAUGGGAUACCCAGGGGGCAUAAGCACGAUCCGUUGUACCCGCUCAGUAUUAGUAAUAUGGUCUUUCAUUGAAAAAGGCCUUCAUUACUUCAUCCAAACACGGCACAAUGAUCUUUUCUCCCAUUACAAUCUUAUUCUAAGAAAACUUUAAGAAAAAAACGGAAUGUGCUCGUGCCCCCUGGUCAUCCCAUGAUACUCCUUAAAUCUAACUUAUUCUCUGAGUAUGGCAGCCGUAUCGGUAAAAAGGUCUAUUUUCUUGAUAAUCAAUCUCGGUACAUUUAAUGCGCUAAGCCGGCUCCCGAGUCGCGUUUAUCAAGGACUUGUAAUCUUUAUCUUAAGCUGUCCCAAUCGACCCAAUAGAUACUGCGAACCAUUAUGUUCCCGUUGUGUGUAUUUCCAUCAACAUGUAGACUGACGUCCAUGUGCACUACAAAGACUGGGAUACUCUACUGAGUGGCGGAAUUUGGGAACCAAAGGCUAUAACUGAGAAACUGCCUGAGUUUCUGGAGUUUGUUAAAGAAGCACAAGCCUUCUUAUUCCAUGACAAAAGUAAGUACAAUCAUAUGUCUGAUGAAUUAAGUUUUCUUCACUGUGUAAUAAUUGCUUAUUUGACGUUACUCACUUCUGUCAGCGACUUCCUUUUUCCUUGUACAUUUCUCUUUGUACACCAACCCACAUGUUAUUUAAAAUGCACACCUGAAUUGGUGAUAUAGUAUACUAGGCGAUAGAGCAUUCCAAGUUUUAACAACAGGAACAGCGUGAUUUCAAGAAGGCAAAGGUUAAGUAUGAGUACAUUAUAACUGCGAAUGGGAACAUCUUUUGACUGAACACGAUAAACUGUAUUAUUAAAUUAAGUACCUUUAUCUACGUAAAGCCAAAUUUUUUUUUCUCAUUCCUUUACUCGAUCAUUCACACAUCCUGUCAAAGGUGGAUCUACACAUUAGCUUUGACUACCCAAAAAAUAGUGAUACCCAUCUUGUUUCCACUUUUGGCCUACGACUUACCUUAAGUUACUCGAGGAGCUAAGUCUCUUUAUGUAAAACACUUUUCAAUUUUCGACUAAUAUCAUUGGUCUAUUGCAGUUCCCCCAGAGAUUCUUGCGCGAGGUUCUUCUGCUGUGGAAGCUUAUAAAAGGGCUCUUGCCAGUGGGAAAACGUCUGACAAAAGGCUUCCAUUGAUGUUGAUCGGACAACACAGAGCAGGAAAGACUAGCUUAAUGAAAUCUUUGAAAGGAGUAUGCUUUGACCCACAUGAAGGUAGCACUGUUGGAAUAGAUGUGGAUCCUUCUUAUUUCAAAGUGUCAACAGAGUCAUGGAAGACAGGAACGAGUAAUGAUGAUCAAAAUUCAGACACAGCAACUUCCUGCGAUUAUCACACGGCCAGAUACAUUGUGAAUAGCUUAGAGACGGAAACAAAAAGGGCCGAGCUCUUUACCGCCGCGGAAGAAGGUUAUUAUUCCGACGUCAAUGAAGGGUCAACUGACUCACCAUCAAAUGUGCAGUUGGAAAGUAGAGAGAUUUUAGGGGCAUCUAGAGAAACACUUCCCUAUCUAGGUGAUCCUGGGCCUAAUGUUACACCCCCUUUGGCUUCAACAGAUGAGAAUCAAGAACAAGUGAACCUCUCUACUAAAAACUGGCCUGAAUUCGAAGAGGUAGCAGCUAUAACGGAAUCAUUUCUUUGUGGCCAUUUGGACGACAACAGAGACGACAUUUAUUCUACUUUCUGGGAUUUUGCCGGGCAGUCCGUUUUCUAUGUGACGCACCCACUGUUUCUUACAGCACGAGCUAUUUACUGCUUAGUGAAUGACCUAAGCUUAGAUCCGCAUGGCAAAGCAAAGCCCCUGAAAAAACAAGGGGUAUAUGGAACAAUGUCAGAAAGUGGUAGUCUCAAAACUAAUUUAGAUUACCUUGAUUUUUGGAUGACGUCUGUGACGUCGUUAACGAGUGGCGAAGAACACUACUUUACGUCAGAUGCGUUGCCAAAGAAACUUCCUGCCGUUUUCCUGGUAUGCACGCAUGCUGACAAACCUUUCGGUGGCCAAGACCCUAAAGAACUUUCUCUUAAAAUUUUUGGUUAUCUAAAGGGCAAACCAUAUGGUGACCAUUUGUGUGGUGUAUUCUUUGUAGAUAACACAAGCCUGAGAGUCAAAACCUCUCACUGCCCUGAAGUCACACGUUUGCGACAGGAAAUACUUAAAACGGCUAAAGAACUUCCACACAUGAAGGAUUCCAUUCCAAUCAAGUGGUUAAGAUUUGAGAAGGCGCUUCAAGCUGUGAAGAAAAAGGGAUAUAAAUGCAUUUCUCUGGAAACAGCAAAAGACAUUGCCUCAGAGAUCUGCAAAAUCCAUGAGGAGAAAGAGUUCACGACCUUGAUAAACUACUUGCAUGACUUAAGGUGCUUGAUUCAUUUUGAUCAUACUACUGAGCUGAAUAAAAUCAUAGUACUGAAUCCACAGUGGUUAAUUGACGUCUUUAAAAAGGUGAUAACUAUCAAGCAAUUUGAUGCUGUAGACAAGAAAUUCCUGGAUUCGUGGCUUAAGCUUGAGAAGAAAGGAAUUCUGGAUGAAAAUCUUUUAGCACAUGUUUGGGGUCCUUUGUUUAAUGAUAAAGAAACUUGCGGCACUCUCAUUGAAAUCAUGGAGAAAUUUUGCCUUCUGUGCUCUUGGCCAUCUGAUGCAACAAGCAAUUACAAGAGCUACCUAGUUCCUUCAAUGUUGAAGUCGCCCCCACCGAAACAGAUAGCUGAGCUUGCUGCCUCUGCAAAUUUACCUUCUAUGUAUAUUAAAUUCGAGAGUGGUCUAGUCCCUCCAGGGUUUUUCCCAAGGUUAAUACUGCAGUUGUUUCAUUGGGGCAAAGACAGACUGUGGAGAAAGGAAAACCUUCGUUUGUUCAAUAAUUUUGCCAGGUUUUUCGUUACUAAAGAUGACUACUCCGUUAUUUUGGUUUGCAACUCGUCAACAGUUGAGAUUGUAAUUCAUGGAGGGAACUGCAACCCUGAAUUUAAUGAUGAUCCGUCAUCAAAGUUGUCACCAACCCCACAUUUCUACCACGACAAUGCUGGAAUUAACUAUUGUUUUCUUGUGAGAAAACAAUUGGGUAUUACGCUUGAGUGCAUGCGUAAAGAGUUUUGUUGGUUAAAAAAUAUGAAAUAUCAAAUGAGUGUUAUAUGUCCAGUUUGCUGCAAGCGAGGAUCAGUUGCCUACUGUGAAACUCAUCAGGAAGAAGACUGCAAAGAAGAGCAGUGCCUUCACUUCCUGUCUCUUACCGAGUUGUACCGUUCCAAGGAAGUCGUGUUUUGUACCAGAUCUGCGCUAGCUAAAAAUACCAGAAUUCAGGUGCAGCAGUUUGCACCUUGGCUUCCCUUUAAGGAACAACUGGUAAGAUGUUCUAAGAUAUUUAAACGGUUAAAAUGCCAUUUAAUUGGUGAAUAUAGGUACAUCAUAUUAAGCAGCUUCCAACCUAUCAAUGUCCUGCUGAAGCGGAACGUGGCCUCUUUGACGUAGACUAUGCAUUUUCAGUAAGUUGUACAAAAUGUUGAGUUAAAUCUUGAAGUGGAGUUGACGACAUUAGAUGAUCGUAAGAAAUGGUAAGAUGGCGGAUCCAAAAAGGCCGUGCAUUUUGUGUAACCUCAAAGUUAAUGGUUUAAGUGAAACGCCUUAGCGUAAACAUUGACAAACAUUUUGUGUCACAAACCAUAUAGGAUUCAUUCUUAUAGCUUCCAAUUUCCUGAAAUAACAAAAGCGCAAAGUGUCAAAUUUACCAAGUAACCACUGGCCAGAUCAUUCAAGUAUUAAUCCUUAAAAACUCACAUGUAUUUCCCACAGCUCGAAGUCCGUGAACCUGAUGAAAGGCCCUUUGCGGAUAACAAAGGUACUGGUCCUCGCAAGUAAUUUCUAAAGCAAUACAAAUAAAUACGUGCAUGUACCUUAAGGCAUGUAUUAAGCGUUUUAUCCAGGGUGAAUGACAUGAUUGGUGCCUAUGGGAGCUUUUGAACAUUUUUUUUGUCUGAACAGAUAUAUGAUCGUCCUUAACAUUUAUGAAUAUGAUACACUUUUUUCACUAUGCUAACUAAUAUCUUACAUACCGGCCGUUAUCAAACAUCUAAACACUUGGUCACGGAGGGCAUAAGGCGAAAGAUCUGGUUAAAAUAAGGUGAUUCGUGACGGUUAUCAAAAAAUGAUUGUUUUUGCCAGAAUAAAAAUCAGAGCCAGAAACAAAAAACAAAACAAAAAAAAGGAAUUGAAACUUUUACUAAGAGUUUCCUUAUCCACACCAAGGGAUUAGCUGUGUAGCCUGACGGACCCACGACUUGCAAGACCAAUGGCUUACCUCUCCCUCUCAGUAGGUGCUAAAGCAAAAAUAGAUCUGGGAAGCAUAAAGACACUCAAAUCAAUCACCUUGCGCCUGGGCGUGGCUACGAAAAUUAAAACACACUCUAAAAGCUUCUAAACAUACUCCGUUUAUUUCGUAGGAAAUGGGGAGAAGGCCAUAGCUAUCCCAGGUGGUGUCUUGAAAGCCCUUACGACCGGAUCUUGUGAUUCGGAACAAGUUGUUUGUCAGUUAAAACAAAGUCUCCAGUCGGACCAAUCCUCUCUUGAACAGCCAGAUUGCCAAACUAAACAACUGAUCCGCUGUUUCGCAAGGAAAGCCAAGCUUUCAAAUAGGGUUGAUGUAUUCAAACACCUAAGAGAAAUGACGCUGGCUGGAACAACCGGUAAGUUUAAAAUUUGGCAGUUAUAAAUAUAUAUCACCCUCGGAACAAAAGGGUUCGUCCAAUUGUAUUCUCAGGCUUUUCUGCUGAAUCAAUUUUAUUAUAGUUUAUACUUAUUUAUUUGUUUUCCGCCGAUAUAACGUACGUUAUAUGAAGCCAAUUAAUUAACUCCAAGGUUCUUAGAGGUACCCGUGUAUCCUUGGCGGAAUGUGUAUAAAAAUUAUACUUAAAAACUGGGAAUAGAUGGUAAUGUUUGUGUUGAUUGAUUUUUUUCAAGGUCCGUUGUUAAGUGAAGAUCUUGAUGUGCAAGAAAUUCCUCUCUCCUUGUUAAGAAACCUCACCAUCGCUUUAUGUGGUAUGAUUGGAAAAAGCUUCUUACGUCUCAAUAGUGUAGUCAUUUCCAGCAUACACAUCUUCCCUUUAACUCUUAGCCACUCUCUAUGCAUCUUAUUUGAAAGCAAACGAACAAACAAACAAACAAAAUAUUGUUCCUUAUAUUACUCACAAGUCAGCCAUCGGGUAAACACGAAUUAGCUUAAACUGCAGUCACACAUUGUAUCCCGACAACUUUCAUGUCUUUGGGUGUGUCCAUUGGUAAGCAACUGCGAUGCGACAAAAUAUUUUCAAAUGAAGCAGACUGCAUGCUCAAGACUGCUGGCAAUUUACAACACUUUUGUGAAAAUAAAAAUAAGUACGUGUUAAACUCAAGUCAUUUGAUGUGCUGGAUUGUUUUACGCGGUACGAAGAGAAGACAACUUGUACAAUAUAUAAUUAUGUACAAAUGCAUUUUUCGCGUUUUUAAUGUUUCAGGAGACAACGAGUGGAUGAUUGUUGCUGAGAAACUGGGUUUAACUUCUCAAGAAAUUCGUUACCUCGAUAGACGCACACGGAACCCAGCUGAAGCUCUGUUUAGUUACAUCGCAAAUCAGCGUCACCUGCCUGCAGGGGAGAUUUACGACAUUUUAUGUGACUGUGGCCUUCCUGCAUUAGCCGAUAUAUUGUAA